UUUUUGUGCCAAACAACAGCAACCAUCAACGAAGAAAAGAGAUGAAGAUAAUUUUAUUUUUAAUCCAAUUAAUCGUUGGUGCCAUUGGCAUCAGUACAUGGAUAUUUGGCUGCUGCAUGAUGUUUUACGUUGUUUGGUCACUCAAUACAAUCACGAAUAUUCAAUCGUUUUCCAUUGGUGAUUCGCUAAUAACAAAUGGCCAGCUAAUAUUUGGCAUCAUAUUGUCAACGGUCGGAUUGCUCAUCAUUUAUUCUAGUUGGAAAAAAAAUUUGCAUACACUGCGAUUGUGCAUAUUUUUGACCGUAUUAUCAAUAUCAAUGGAAAUUGGUACAUUUAUAUCGUUGAAAGUUGCCAAUGUUAGCAUUUCCAAUAUUGUUGAUCAAGGUUGGAAAGAGAUGAAUAAUCAAAGUAAAAAUUUCAUACAAAAAGAGUUAAAAUGUUGUGGCCUUACUGGUCUAAGUGAAUUUGCAAGCAAACUGGAUCCAAUUGAUCAAAGCUGUUAUUAUCAACGACAAAUGGAAACGGAUUCAAAAUACAAAUUUUCAUCAUCAUCAUUAUCAUCAUAUGAACCAUAUCGUACCGGUUGUAAACAGAAAUUGAUUGAUUGGCUACGAAAACAGCGCAAAAUAUUCAUUAUAUCCACGUGUUUAUUGUUGGCUAUACAGAUUUUAUCCAUAAUAUUAAUGUUGAUUUUAUUGAAAUUAUUACAACAACAAAAUGAACAACUAGAACAUGAACAACGAUUCAAACGGCAAUCAAACAUCAUGAUGAUAAUUGAUGAUGAAAAUGAAUCACCAUCAUCACCGUCAUCUACAUCGACAACGCCAUCAUCAUUGAUUUUUGGCAAUAAACAGCAAAAAAUUUUGCUUCAAGACAUUUGAAUGGAAAUGUGAAAUAGAAGAACAAAAACAAAAAUCAAUCAAUCAAUCGACUUUUGUCCGGCAUUGAUCGGUCAACUUCAAAAAAAAAUUUUUUUUCCGUUAUUAAUUAAUUAAUUAA